GCCAUGAUUGGAGCCCUCUUUGCUGUGCUGGCGCUGGCCUCCGCAGCCUUUGGUUGCGGAGUGCCAACCUACCAGCCCAAUCUUUCCAGAGUUGUCGGAGGGAAUGAUGCCCGGCAAAACAGCUGGCCCUGGCAGGCAUCCCUUCAAUAUUCUUCCAGUGGGACGUGGCGCCACACUUGCGGAGGGACCCUCAUCGCCGACAACUGGGUCAUGACAGCUGCACACUGCAUCAGUUCAUCUCGGACCUAUCGCGUCUACCUUGGGAAAUACAACCUCAGCGCCACCGAGACGGGAUCGGUCGCCAUUUCUCCCGAAACGAUCAUCGUCCACCCAAAGUGGGACUCCGGCAGUGUUUCCAAGGGGAACGAUAUUGCACUCAUCAAACUGGCCAAAGCGGUUACCCUAAGUGAUAAGAUCCAGCCGGCUUGCCUCCCAAAAGCCAACUCCAUCUUGGCCAACAAUGUGGCUUGCUAUGUCACCGGAUGGGGACGCCUGAUCACCAACGGCCCCUUGCCAGAGAUCCUGCAACAAGGCCAGCUCUUGGUGGUGGACCACGCCACAUGUUCCCAACCCAGUUGGUGGGGCAGCACCGUCAAAACCAACAUGGUCUGCGCAGGCGGCGACGGCAUCAUCUCCAGCUGCAACGGUGAUUCCGGAGGCCCCCUCAAUUGCCAAACCUCCGGCGGACAGUGGGAGGUCCAUGGCGUGGUCAGCUUUGGCUCUGCGCUCGGCUGCAACUACUACCGCAAGCCGUCGGUUUUCACUCGGGUCUCGGUUUUCAACGACUGGAUUGAACAGGUGAUGGCAACACAUUGAAGUAUGGGAUGGUAUCAUGAAGUAUGGGAUCCAGAAACAUCACCCAACAAAUAAAACCCUGCAAUAAAUAUGGCAA